AUGCUGACAGUAAUUACAGAAAAAAGACCGCACAGUGUCUAUUUCCCGCCGCUAGAAGACGUCGCACGGGUGUUCAAAAAAAUCAAGACUGAGUCUUCUCUUCUGUCGCGGAGCUCUACGGCUCCCGAUGAUAGUUCGACGCUUUCCUCCGAUUCUGUGAACCCAUUGACCGCCAAUGGUACUUCCACUGAGCAUUCGCUUGCACAUUGUGUACCCGAGCGGUUCAAUCCCAUUUUGAAAUUGCCUUUCAGGGCCAAAGAUUUCUUUUGCGAUGUGGACGUGGCGCUCUCUGCUUCCCAGCGGUUGCAGCUAGAAAGAACUAUUAGUAGUUGUCCUCCACCAAAGGCACCUCUGCUAAACAGUGUAACCAACUCAACCAACUUGGGAGCAAUGGUUCCUUUUAUCUACCCGGCCCUUCCGUCCAUUAAAAGAGACCUUCUUAUGGUGAUGCCUGAUAACAUGGUGAAUGCACCACAGGUAGGCGCCGAGUUGUAUCCCGCCAUGCCACCACUUCCAUUCCCUCCGCAAAAUUACAUGCCUUAUCCGCUCAUUGCAGACAAAUCACCAUUGACUCCCAACGAGGUCUUUACGCUGUGGCUCGUUGCUCUGGCGUACUUGCCAAGGGUGGAUAUGGUGUUGGCCAGUGCCGCCGGUUCCAUAUUCGAUUUUCGAGCCCAGGCGCAAUCUGACGGUUUGACUGUUCAAAAGCUCGAAAGCAUGUUGAAGAUAGAGUCAAAAGAUUCGGAGGAGGAGCUGGGAUCCAAUUCGGAGAUUGUGGCCUCUCCAGACCCAGUCGAUCGCCAUCUUGAAGACUACUUGGCCUUCGCCACGAAGGUUGAUACCACAGAUGAAUUCGACCCGAAUCUCAAACCUGUCAGUAAGAGAUUCUUUCCGCUGGAGUCCACAACUCGCAUUAGGUAUCAAGAGGUCUCCCAAGUGACAGUAGUUGACGGCGUCGCACAGUAUCCCACGAACAGACCUUCGCUCGAAUUCUCACCACUUAAUCUCACUAAGAAGCAAGAUUAUCAGACCCCUGCACGCCUUUUUAAUGAUGCAAGCAAAGAUUCGAUAGCGACACAGAAUAUUAAGAAGGAGAACAAAAGAGCAUUGGUCAAGCAAUAUAUCCUGGACAUUGAUCACGAGGCCCUGGUUCACCUGCAAGAUAUUUACAAUACAAAGAAGAGACAUCUUCUCAAAAGGCUUGAGCUUCUUCAAGGCUCUAAGAUUCUCUACGACAACACAAAUCAAGUUAUAAUGGAUGAAGAGCUUCGCCAGUAUGUCGACAACAGACAGGCACAAGUUGAUGCAGACCUUCUCCAAUUAAAAAUUCAACACACGUAUGACAAGCUCAAGGUGUUGAUGAGUUUUUAUCAAACCUCGCAUAGGCUGUAUAAGACCAUGAACUCGGUCAUGGUUAACAAGCUCAAAAAGCUCAAAAACUUCUUAGAGCACCAGAGACUGGUUUUAGAGGAGGCUGGAAGUCAUAAAAAUGCUGGAGAAGGCGAUAUCACCAACAUUCGUGGUCGUGAAAGUGCCAAGCUCUACGGCAGCUUUGUGGAACAAGACUAUUCGAACGAAAUCAAGGAAGUGUUUCGCUGCGCAUCUCUUCGAGAAGAUGGCGAGACAAUUGAAAAGGACAUUGCUGUUGAAGCUGACGAAUAUUCGAAAGUCUUCACUAAUAGGGAACAUGAGGCUAUUGUGGACGACUACAUGCCUCUAGUCACUGAGAACGAGUUCAAGCUCAUCACAGGUGAGGCGCCCUCGAAAACCGGAGUUUCUAAAGAUGUCGCGAACAAGACUAAGAUCCCUCGUCACUUAAUUUUCCAAAACCCCUUGUACGAUUACGGAACGUCUGGUUCGGACACUAAUCUCUCUGAGAACCCUAUGCCUGUGAAGAGACGUCCCGGAAGACGAGCUGCUCCUAAACCAGCAUAUGGAGAGGAAAAUACUAAACAACUGAAUGAUGCUGCUUUGGUUGCCAAAAUUAUGAAGCUGUUCGUUGGACCAACCGGUGCUAAUGCAGAUGAACUCACCGACGACCUUAGUCUGAUUGGUAUCAAGACAAAGUGGCCCCUUAAGUAG